AUGGAGCCCUCAUCCUCAUUCUCUUUAGUAUCUCAGCUGUGUAGCCUUCUCCAAAACCCAAACUUCCCCGCGCAGCUGACAUCUGCGAUUGAAGCGUCCAAGCGCAGGCUGAGGAAAGAGUUGGAUCUCAAGGAAUCCUCUCAACAGGAGCAAAAUAAUAGUAGCAUUUUUCUUCGUAUUGAGGCUUCGCUUUUUUCCGGUUCACCAUGUGUAUCCCGGGAUAGCUCUUGGAUUUUGGGUUGCGUUGACCUAAACAAUGAGCGUGUUGUACCGUUGACGCAGUUGACUCCAGAUGUCUCAGAGACAAUUCGAGAUCGCACAGCUGCUCCAGAAGUCAUUAGAGAUGACCAUGGCCCACGUCCCCUCAAGAGAAGAAAGACCGUCAGCGGUCUUCGCCUGGCUCCGCAUAACCAGGAGGCUGCCAUUACAGGGACUGAAUCUCAGAUCGACGGCUAUACAACACCAGAUUCAAAUGAGAUAACUGACGAUGCUCAAAAGUCGUCCGUUCGCCAGGUACAUAGUGACACUAGGUUUCCUCAACGCAAAAACCCAAGCAAAGAUACAUCUGCCCCAGUCUUAGAACCAACGUCAACCGACAAACUCAUCGCGGGUAUCUGGAGACAAGUGUUUUCACCUGUCCAGCUGAGCCGAUUCCAUUCAGUCAUAGAGCCCGGCAUAGACAUCAGAACUGGCGUUAGUGGAGAGGUAUUCCGGGCAGUCAAUACCCUAUGCUUGAAAUACUAUAACCAAAGUCAGUCCUCGCGCGCGCUUGAGAUGAUAGUGCAAGCCUACUGGAUUGAAUGUUACGAAGCUCGUAUCGCUGUUCUUCGCUUAGAAAACCCUAACCUGUCGGCUAUGGAAAUCCGUAUGAUGGGCUUGAGGGAGGCAUGUGCGGUUCUCAGCUGGAAAGAAAAGGAUCUGCGGAACCGAAUUGCUAUCUGGCGCGGAUACAAGGAAAUCAAAGACGCCGGUGGCUGGGCCAGUUUGAUAUUUGCAAGCGCCGGUGUAUACCGAUUCUGCAAAUACCGUACUGGUUUUGGAGAGGGGUUCUCCACGCGCCUCCGGCAUAUCCGAUCUAGUCUGGAGGUCGCCGCCGAUACGCUGCAUCCAGACUGGAGGGAUCUUCUCCAAGUGAUUGGACAACAGGAGACACGGCAGUACCAUGGCCACUCACACGAAUGGGUAACAGUAACAGGAAGACCAGCGGUGCCCUUAACUUCAACAUAUGAGCAUCUUCAGCUACCAAGUGGCUUCCACUACCGGUUUAUCGAUGAGUGCGUGCUUGACACUGCUGCUUUUGGCACAGAGGACCCUCGCCGGGUUCCGGAAAUAGAUCCGGGUGUGUGUUUGGUGUGCAAAGAGAGGCAGUCUGAUGAGAUCGAGAAGAAUCAUUGCUCAUGUUUCCCUACACUGUUUGGGGGCGUGCGAAACCCGGUACCAGUACAGCUGUUCCAUACAACCAGCGGGAAGAACAACGGGGUCAUAGCUCGCAGUAACUUCGACCGUGGCAUCGCCAUCGGUGAAUUCACGGGUCUCAUCACUAAAGGCAUCGAGGGCGUCGACGUAAUGCUAGGUGGCACACGCACGAGAACGUACCAGAUCUUCCAAGGGCAGAUGGGCAAUUUCACGCGGUUCAUCAACCACUCCUGUCGUCCAAACAGUCAGUUUCAGCGAUUCUACUGGCGGGGAAAGGAACGCAUAAUUGUCGUUUCGCGAGGAGUGACGGCGGGAAGUGAGAUCACCGUUGAUUAUUCAGAUCAUUAUUGGAAGCAAUUGAACAAGAUUUGUCUUUGUGGGGAGCCAUGCUGUCGAUUUCGGGAGAGAAGAUCAUGA